AUGCAGCGACGUAAAAGAUCCUGCUCUCUGGAUGGGCUCACCGCCCGUAGACGCCACCAACAACAUGUACAGCAACAACGCCAGCUGCAGCCACCGACCAAUCAAAAUGAUGACCAUAAUCUGCUCCCGGAGGAAUUUACGCUUGGCGCAAUGAACACUGUCUGUCAGUUCUGCAAAGCUCUGCGCUUCAAAAAGGAACCACUGAACUGUUGCCACAAUGGCAAGAUCAACCUCCUGCCGCUACCUCAAUAUCCACAUCAGUUGGAACCACUGUUCACCACCAACACAGCCAUGACCAGAAAUUUCUUAGACAACAUUCGCCAAUAUAAUAGCUCCGUCGCCUUCGCAUCCUUCGGUGGUAAUGUCGUCCAUCUCCCCGGCCGCGGCCCAUACACUUUCCGCAUUCAUGGCCAAAUCUACCAUCGUGCAGGCACCCUUCAUCCACCACCUAACACAGCUUCCUCUUAUAGCCAGCUAUACAUCAUUGAGGCAAGAGACGCCGUUGAAACUCGACUCCAGCAUCCAGAAAACCGACACUGCCGCCAGGAUGUCAUGACCUUGCUGACGGAUACCCUCAAUGAAGUCAACCCAUACGCAGCGGCAUACAAGAAGAUGUUUGAAGUCGAACAACAGGAGAUACGAUCAGCAACUGAAAACAACACACCUAUUCCAAAGGUCACAAUGAAUAUCUUGCGAGGCCCAGACCAGCGCCGCUACAACACUCCCACCCAGACCGAUGAAGUCGCUGCAAUCUUCGUUUCCCCAGAUGGUGCACCACCCCCAGACCGUGAUAUUGUAGUCUACUCCCAAGGACAAGAACCACAGAACAUAUCAUUCCUAUCGGCGAAUAUUGAUCCAAUGGUAUACCCAGUUCUAUUCCAUAUGGUACCCUAG